AUGAUUGCCCGCCAACCCUCUCUGAAAGCCAUACAAUUAAUAGCCGAGCAACGGUCAACCGCCGCGGUAAACACUCAACCUCUUAACAAUGCACACCAACUGUUCGACAAAAGUCCCCGCCGAGCCAGGGCCGACGUCAACCGCUCCAUGGUCGAAUCCCUUCAGAGAAAGGCCCCAUCUGAAGCCCUUCAGGUCUUCAGGAGCCACUUUCAGCUGGGACACACGGGCACCAUCGAUGGCAUCACUGUCGCUCUCUCGCUUAAAGCUUGCAAUGGAGACCCAUUCCGGGGCUCUCAAAUCCACGGCAUCUCCGUCACUUCCGGGUUGUGGCCGUGCAUCACCGUGGCGAAUUCGUUGAUGAAUUUGUACUGUAAAGCUGGGGACUUUUCCAAGUCCCUGUGUAUUUUUGAGAGGCUGGCUGACCCCGAUACUGUUUCGUGGAACACGGCGCUUUCGGGUUUCAGGAGGAGUGAAGAUGCUCUGAGUUUCGCCUGUAGAAUGAGCUCUAAUGGGGUUGUCUUUGACCCUGUAACUUAUACCACCGCGCUUUCCUUCUGCUCGAGGAAUGAGGAGUUUCGUUUCGGAUUGCAGUUGCAUUCCUCUAUAGUGAAGUCCGGGUUAGAUUGUGAAACUUUUGUUGGAAAUGCUCUCAUAUCUUUGUAUUGUAGAUGGGAACGGCUAUCGGAGGCCAGGAGAAUGUUCGAUGAGAUGCCGAGUAAAGAUCUGGUGUCAUGGAAUGCAAUCAUAUCAGGGUAUAGUCAGGGAGGGAUUCAAGGGUUGGAAGCAAUAUCUAUGUUCGUUGAAACUAUUAGGAGAGGGAUUGACCCUGAUCAUGUCUUACUUACUGGAACAGUUUCAGCUUGUGGUCAUGAGAAGAACUUGGAACUGGGGAAGCAGAUUCAUGGGUUCAGCUUAAAAAGAGGGUAUGGGAAACAUGUCUCCGUUGGCAAUGUCCUUAUCUCGACAUAUUCCAAGUGUGAUCGUGUUGAAGAAGCCAUGUCAGUGUUCCGGCAUAUGAACGAGCGCAAUGUUGUUUCGUGGACUACAAUGAUUACUAUCAAUGAAGAAGCUGCGGUGAAACUUUUUGAUCAGAUGAGAUUAGACGGUGUCCCGCCUAAUCAUGUGACGUUUGUUGGUCUUCUCCAUGCUGUAACGGUUCGUGAUUCGGUUGAACAAGGCAAGAAGAUUCAUGGGAUUUGUCUGAAAUCAGGUUUCUCGUUAGAGCCAAAUGUUUGUAACAGCCUCAUUACAAUGUAUGCCAAGUUCAAAUCCAUGGAUGAGUCGAAGAGAGCGUUCCAGGAGCUUGAUCAGAGGGAAAUCAUAACUUGGAACGCCCUAAUCUCGGGCUAUGCACAGAGCGGACUGAGUCAAGCAGCGAUUCAAACGUUCUUAUCAGCAGUCACAGAAGCGAAGCCAAACCAGUACACUUUCGGCAGUGUCCUGAGCGCAAUAGGCGCAGCUGAAGAUGUCUCUCUAAGACACGGCACGAGGUGCCACUCUCAGAUAGUAAAACUCGGGUUCAACACCGACCCUGUCGUCUCUUCAGCUCUCCUCGACAUGUACGCAAAGCGAGGAAGCAUGUCUGAAUCCGAACGAGUCUUCUCCGAGGCACCUCAGAGGACACAGGUCUCAUGGACGUCAAUGAUCUCGGCCUAUUCAAGACACGGAGACUACGAAUCAGUCAUGAACUGGUUCAACCAAAUGCUGUCUGAACAAGUAGAACCCGACUCGAUCACAUUCCUCUCCGUCCUGACAGCUUGUGGGAGGAAGGGAAUGAUCGAUAAAGGUCGCGAACUGUUCGAUUCCAUGGUCCAAGACUACCGAAUCGAACCAUCACCCGAGCAUUACUCUUGUAUGGUGGACAUGCUGGGGCGAGCAGGGAGACUCGAGGAAGCGGAGGAGAUGGUGAACCAGAUCCCAGGUGGACCCGGUUUAUCAGUGCUCCAAAGCUUGCUCGGUUCUUGCAGGACGUAUGGCAAUGUGGAGUUGGGGGAAAAGGCAGCCGAGGGGUUGUUGGAGAUGGAGAGGAAGGAUUCAGGGACCUACGUCCUGAUGGCUAACUUGUAUGCAGAGAAGGGGCAGUGGGAGAAGGCGUCGAGGUUCAAGAGAGCAAUGAGGGAGGAAGGUGUCCUGAAGAAGAUAGGAUUCAGUUGGGUUGACGUUGAUCAUGCCGCAGAUGGUUCGUUGGCUUUGCACGGGUUCUCGUCGGGGGAUAUGACUCAUCCAAUGGCGGAGGAGAUUCAUGGGGUGGCGGGGUUUGUGGGGAUGGAGAUGAAGUUCCUGAGAGAGAGGGAGGUGGAGUGGUAUGAGUGUGGUGUGAUGUUGGAGUCUGUGGGUUGUAUUGGGUAA